AGUCCAGCUGCCCGCUAUGCGCUCUUCAAGGUGUCCCCCUGUGGUGCGCUCUACAGAGUAGAAACUCUUCAAACACAUCAAGUCGGCCAACGAUGGAGGGCACAAACAACACGACAGCCUGGCCUCAGUUUGAUAACUCUUCAAACAAACCCCCAAAACCCGAAGACGAGGAGGUAAAGCUCAGUUAUCAAGUGGUUACAUCCUUCCUGCUUGGCGCGCUCAUCCUGUGCGCAAUAUUUGGGAACGCGUGCGUGGUUGCAGCCAUCGCGCUGGAGCGCUCUCUCCAGAACGUCGCCAACUAUCUGAUCGGCUCUCUAGCUGUCACGGACCUGAUGGUGUCGGUGCUGGUGCUGCCCAUGGCGGCGCUUUACCAGGUCUUAAACCGGUGGACUCUCGGGCAGGUUCCGUGCGACAUCUUUAUCUCGCUGGAUGUGCUAUGUUGCACGUCGUCCAUCCUGCACCUGUGCGCCAUCGCUCUGGACAGAUACUGGGCGAUAACCGAGCCCAUAGACUACAUGAAGAAGAGGACGCCGAGGAGAGCCGCGGUCCUCAUCAGUGUCACUUGGCUGGUGGGGUUUUCCAUCUCUGUGCCGCCGAUGCUGAUCAUGCGCUCCCAACCCAGCAGCCUGGCAGAGGACAGGGCGAACCCCAAGCAGUGUAAGAUAAGGCAAGACCCCUGGUACACAAUAUACUCCACAUUCGGGGCUUUUUACAUCCCGCUGACACUAAUGCUGGUUUUAUACGGGCGGAUAUUCAAAGCGGCACGGUUUCGCAUCAGGAGGACGGUGCGUAAAACUGAGAAGAAGAAAGUGUCCGACUCCUGCUUGGCGCUUUCUCCUGCCCUGUUCCAUAAAAAGAUUCAAGGGGAAGGGCAGGGGAAGAGCUGGAAAAGGAGCGUAGAGCCCCGACCGCUGCCGAGCGUCAACGGCGCAGUGAAGCACGCGGAGGAUGGCGAGUCUCUGGAGAUUAUCGAAGUUCACAGCAACUCCAAAGGCAACCUGCCGCUGCCCAACACCCCGAGCUCCGUACCGCUGUUCGAGAGCAGGCACGAGAAGGCGACGGAGGCGAAGAGGAAGAUCGCGCUGGCGCGGGAGCGCAAAACGGUGAAGACUCUCGGCAUCAUCAUGGGCACCUUCAUCCUCUGCUGGCUGCCCUUCUUCAUCGUCGCCCUUGUCAUGCCUUUUUGCCAGGAGUCGUGCUACAUGCCCCGCUGGCUGGAGGAUGUCAUUAACUGGCUGGGCUACUCCAACUCCUUACUCAAUCCCAUCAUUUACGCGUACUUUAACAAAGACUUUCAGAGCGCUUUCAAAAAAAUAAUCAAGUGUCACUUUUGCCGACCGUGA